ACUACUCCGUUAUCAAGUUAACUCCCCCCUCCCAGCCUUGCCCCCUCUUCUCUCUUAGGCACACACAUCGUUUGCUGCACAAUGGAUAUGUUGUACUCUUAUCUUGCUUUCUUCUUCUUCUUCUCCGGUCUCCUAAUUUUCCGACUUAAACAUCGUCCCAGUGGAGUUUUACCGCCUAGUCCAUUUGCACUUCCAAUAAUUGGUCACCUUUACCUCAUUAAGAAUCCACUGCAUGUAACUUUAGAGAGCCUAUCCCUCAGAUAUGGUCCCAUUCUAUUUCUCCGGUUUGGUGUCCGGCCAGUUGUUGUCAUAUCUUCUCCAUCUGUCAUUGAAGAGUGCUUCACCAAGAAUGACAUAAUAUUUGCAAACCGGCCUCUGACCCUGUUUGGGGAUAAUCUAUCUUACAACUAUACUGUAUUUGUGCUUGCUCCAUAUGGUCACCUUUGGCGAAGCCUUCGACGCCUGACUGUGCACGAAAUCUUCUCCUCAAAGGGCCUCCAAAAAUUUUCUGCCAUCCGUGAAGAAGAAGUCUACUAUAACCUUCUUAGCCAACUGUAUGCAAUCACCAACGGGGGUAGCCAAAAGGUGGAGUUGAGGUUUUUUUUCUCCCUUCUGACAUUGAAUAUCAUCACGAGGAUGCUUUCUGGAAAGCGCAGUGUUGAAGGAAAGGAUAUGAGCAUGGAGGUCGGAAGGCAACAUGUCCGAGAACUCAAGGAGAUUUUCAUUCCAAGCGCCUCGAUGAAUAUAUGCGAUUUCUUGCCAAUAUUGAGGUGGGUUGGUUACAAAGGAUUGGAGAAGAAUAUGGUGAAGCUGCAUAGGAGAAGAGAUGAGCUCCUACAGAGUUUGAUUGAUGAGGUUCGACAAAAGAAAACUGUUAACUCUUCUUUACAUGCCGCUCCUGAAACGGAAAAGCAAAAGAACAUGACCAUGAUUGAAACUCUCCUGUGCCUCCAAGAAUUUGAACCUGACUCCUAUUCGGACACUGUCAUCAAAAGUAUAAUUCUGAUAAUGUUUAUUGCAGGAACAGAUACAUCAGCAAUCACUAUGGAAUGGGCAAUGUCACUUCUCCUGAAUCACCCAGAGGUGUUGCAGAAGGUGAGAGCAGAGAUUUAUAACAACGUUGAACGCGGGCGCUUAAUUGUUGACUCAGACCUUUCCAAGCUUCCCUAUCUCCAAUGUGUCGUCAAUGAGACACUCAGACUGUAUCCUGCAGCGCCACUGCUACUACCUCAUUUUUCAUCUAAUGACUGCAGCCUUGGUGGAUAUGAAAUACCACGGCAGACCAUUUUGUUUGUAAACGCUUGGGCUUUGCACAGAAAUCCCAAGGUAUGGGACGAGCCAACCAAGUUCAAGCCAGAGAGAUUUGAAUCCAUCGAGGGGAAGAAAGACGGGUUCAAAUUUGUUCCUUUUGGAGUAGGGCGGAGGGCGUGCCCAGGCAAUACCAUGGGCAUGCGGAUGGUUUCACUGGCAUUGGGUGCUCUCAUUCAGUGUUUCGAAUGGGAAAAGGUUGGGCAGAAGGUAGACAUGAGCUGUGGCUUUGGACCGACUUUGCCCAAGGCUGUGCCUUUGGAGGCUGUGUGUACUCCGUGUAAGAAUUUGGUUGAACUCAUCUCUCAACUUUGAAUCCGGAGUCUGUUCCAGUUCUUUUGCUGUUGUUGUAGUUGUAGUAGUCAUUGUCAUUUUUGAAACAAAGAAAGUGUUCAUUCAAAUAAAAUCCUCUACCCAUCGGCUA